UUCUUCACCUAAUGGCAACACGCUGUUACCGGUGUAUGUUGUGAUUGUUAAAUCAAGAUGUCUGCUCCUUUAGAUGGUAAUCCGCACGUGUUUUUGGAUGUCAAAAUAGGUGAAGAAAGAGUUGGCCGAAUUGUUGUAGAAUUAUUUAAGGAUCUUGUUCCCAAGACUGCUGAAAAUUUCCGAGCACUAUGCACUGGCGAGAAAGGUGUAGGAAGAUUUGGGAGGCCUUUACAUUACAAAGGUGCUCCUUUUCACCGACUCAUCCGUCGGUUUAUGGUCCAAGGUGGAGACUUCAUAGUAGGUGAUGGUCGAGGCAGUGAAAGUAUAUAUGGUGACAGUUUUGAAGAUGAGGGCUUUGCUUUAAAGCAUGAUCAGCCUGGCCUUCUAAGUAUGGCUAACAGUGGACCAAAUACUAAUGGCUGUCAGUUUUUCAUAACAACAGUGCCAACACCCCAUUUAGAUAAUAAACAUGUAAUAUUUGGAAAAGUAAAGAAGGGUAUGGGAGCUGUCACUGAAGUGGAAAAUGUCCCUACCAAUGAAAAUGAUGAACCUCUAGAAUUAUGCUUUAUAGAAAAUUGUGGUGAGUAUAAACCUGGAGAAGAUUUUGGUUUAUGUGAAAAUGAUGGAACUGAAGACGUGUUUCCACCUUUUCCAGAAGAUUCUGAUAUGGAUUUCAAGGAUAUUGAUCAUAUACUUUGGGUUGCUGAAAGAAUAAAGUUAUCUGGAAAUAUUUAUUUCAAGAAAGAAGACUUUGUUACAGCAAAUAUGAAAUAUAAAAAAGCAUUAAGGUAUUUAAACAAAUUACUUGAAAUAAAUGAAGCUAAUACUGAGUUAGAAAAAAGAAUGAAUGCUCUAGUAGUGCCAUGUAUCCUAAAUAGUGCUGCAUGUAAACUAAAGAUGAAAAUGUAUGAUCGAGCAUUAGAAGAUUGUGAUGAGGCUUUGGAUAUUGAACCCAAAAAUCCAAAAGCUUUAUUCAGGAGAGGACAAGCAUUUCAUGGGAAAAGUGACUAUGAAAGGAGUCUAGCUGAUUUACAAGAAGCUUUACGGUUGGCUCCUAAUGAUAGAUCUGUGAUAGCAGAGUUGGCAGCAGUAAAAGGAGAAAUGCAAAGCAUAUAAAGCCAAGGAAAGAAAAGCAUAUGCUAAACUUUCAUGUGAAAUUGAUAUAAUUUCCAGAAGUCUAGGCUGUUUUAGGAUUACAAGUGCAUAUAUAAUUUUUUUCCCCAACUGAUGUUAAUUGUUCUGUGCAUUUUUUAAGGAUAUAUAUAUAUAUAUAUAUAUAUAUAUAUAUAUAUAUUUUUUUUUUUUUUUUUUUUUGGCAGUUCAUUUCAUGCAUUUUUUCGUAUUUUUCUGGUAGUUCCACAGUUGCGGACUUUUACCUGUUGAUAAAGAUUUAUUAUUAUGUUGUUAUUUUUUAGAACAUGUGUAACAUAAAGUUUUUCUUUUGAAUUAUAUUUAAAUAUUUUAAAAAUAUGUCACAUGACAUCUUCAUACUGAUGUAAUAUAGUGUUUGUAUAUUUGUAUUAUAAAUUUAAUGUAUAUUCAAAAUGUUGAAAGAACUUUGUCCUAAAACUUAUGAUUUUUAAUUAGUGGUACUUUUGUGACAAACAGUUUAAAAUGUAUUUUGAUAAAUGUUAUUUUACAAAUGUAAAAAUACACAUUUCAAUUUAAAUUGUUGAAAGCCCAAAUUUCAACGUGUAUGAAAGUUAGGCUAUGUUAUAAUCUAAAUAGUCAAUAAAAAUAUAUAUAUCUUAAUUUUGGGUCAAAAAAGUUUUUAUAGGUGAAGCUUAAUAUGUGAAGCAAUAUAAUAUGAAGAUAAUUGUCUCCAUGGCAUUUAUACAAUAUUGUGAUAACUAUAUUUUUGAGGACAGUUGUGUGGCAGCUAUGCUUGGGUAUAUUACAGGACUUUAAGUUUUUUUUAUACAUGACAGAUUUUUCUUAUGUGUUUUUAUUUUUUGUUUGUUUUUUACUUACCCAGUAAGUCAUUUGUUUGCCAUAUGCUUUGUGAUAGAAUAUAAUGCAUUUGAUGCUGUUUUUCUAUCUGAUCCAAUGUGGGACAAACUAUGUAGGCUUUAAAAUACUUUAAACUGAAAGCAAACCUGAAUUUCAAAGUACUUUGAUGUUCUGAGUUGGAAAAAUAAAAUCAUUUUUCAAAUGCAUUUCAUGCUGUUGGUUCUGGAGUUUUCAAAAUAAAGUGAAAUUACAAACUUUUAGGGGGCAAGCAUAGUUAUAGAAACAAUGCUGUUAAAAAAUGUAGCAUGAGAAUUUCUUUCUGCCCUUUUAGCAGUUCAGUUUAUUUUCAGUCUUACUGUACCUAUGCAUAUAUAAUUUAGUGGGAUUUAAAAAACUACAUUAUGUUAUGUUCAUUUAGUCAAAUAUUUUGUUUCAGAUUUGUAUUUCAUUUGUUAUUGUUAAAUUUUUAUUUUAUGUUUUGAAGGUUAAAAUUGUGCAUCUUUUUAUUAAAGGCAUUCUGCAGUUCAUUUUACUGAAAUAUGAUAUACUAUUUAAUUUAAAAAGUGAAUAAAAUGUUUCUUUCCCUUCAGCAAAAGAUACGUUAUAAAUAUGUUUUUCUUUAUCAAAGAUUAAAAUUGUUUACAUUAGACAUAAAAAGGCGGAGGACGAAAAUUGUAAUUAUUGAAUUUGCGACUAAACAAAAGUUUUCCCCCACUUCAUUCACUGAUAUGCUGGCAACUCAGGAAUAAUGAGAAAGUGCCAGUAUUUUUCAGUCAACGUGUAUGCUUUUUAAGUCCAUACGCUAAAGAAUAGGUAGACUAAUGUCACUUUGCUAGUCUGCACAAAAAGUAGAUUCUUCAAAUUAACAUCUCAAAAUAUUGUUUUAUUAGCUGAAACAGUGAACAAUACUGCUAGGUUUGUUGAAGUGUUAUUGAAAGAAACUUUAUAACUAUUUAAUAAUUACUCAUUUUUUUUAUUUGAUACCUUUAUUCUCCUGUAAAUAAAUAAAUAAACGUAUAAAAUGGGGAAGUUUUACUAAUUUGUAGAUAAAAGCUGUACAACAGUUUUAAGCCCUAAACAUUUCUCGUGUUUUUAUAGUUGUUAGCUUAGCUGGAGAGGAUAAGUUUUGGGGUAAGUUAUGAAAUUUUUUUCUCAGCAAUUAAUUGGACAGUCAUUUCUAAUCUUUAGAAUUUUACUCUACAUUCUGUUCUCUUGGAUUAGUUUUAAUUUUAGUAACCCUGACUUCUGCAAGUGUUUAUAUUGUUUUUAAUGUAAAUGUUAGCUGGUAGUCUUCUUCUGUGCUGAAAUUGGUUGCACAUUGACUUUUAAGCUGAAUAGAGUUGUGCAGGAUAUGCAAGAUAGUGGUAUGGUAUUUUCUAAUUAUCUGGAACCCAGUUUCAACACCUCAUAGAUUUGACAUAUUUUUAAUAUAUUUCUAGUAGUAGCUAGUGCACAGACAUGCAUACCACACACUUAUUUGGUUAUCUAAAGAUCUGUACACUUUAUAUUUAACUGUUAUUUUGCUCAUCAGUCCCCACCUACCAAUAUAGAUUUUUAUUUUCAUUUAUAAUUUUUAAAUGCUGCUUUUUAUUAUUAUUCACGAGCAGAGUGCUGUCUAUGAAUGUAAAGAUAGCUAAACAAAAAUUUGUCCCCACUUUAUUCACUGAUAUGUUGGCAACUCAGAAGUAACGAGAAAGUGCCAGUAUUUUUCAGUCAGCAUGUAUGUUUUUUAAUCCCUACACUAAAGAAUAGGUAGACUAAUGUCACUUUGCUAGUCUGCACAAAAAGUAGAUUCUUUAAAUUAACAUCUCAAAAUAUUAUUUUAUUAGUUUGUUAAUGUAUUCCUGAUUUGAUAUGUAUCUGAAGAAAAAUAUCUGCCCCAUAAUAUUAAAGAAAGUGUGUUUAGUAUGCAAAGCAGAAGACAGUUUUAAUGUAGUGACAGUUCUGAAACUUGCCAUGAUAUGUAUGAUAAAUUUCCAGUGAAUGGUGGAUUUCCUUUUUUAUGUAAUUCAUUAAAAAAUAUAUGUAUGUUUAUUAAAUAUAUCUAGCAAGGGUGAUUGUGGUUUGAAUAUAUUCUGUUUUUUCACUUUCCCAAAUCGGGAAGUUCUCAGUGCUUGUUCUGUAUUCGAAAUUUUGAAAAUAAAUGUACUUGAUUAUUUUUU